UAUUGCAGGUGAGAAAACUGAGAUUCAGAGAAUUUAUAUCAUUUACUCAAUGUCCUAGUUGGUGACAAAUACUACGGACACAGUUCUCUCUUGACUCUCUUGACUGUUUUUUUCUACUAUACUAGGACCCCCCCCCCCAAUUUGGUUUUUGUGUCAUAGAAUCACAGAAUUGAAUUAUGAAGGAAGUUUAGAGGUCACGUAUCUUGACCCAUACAUGUUAGAGAGUCCCUGGGGUGGUAAUAGCUCACAUUUAAAUCUCCUUUUAGAUUGGCAAAGCACUUUACAUACUUUAUCUAAUUUCAUAUUACAUUCCCAAUAAAUGAUCAUUGGCCUAUUACUUGAAGACCCUUUUAUUCCCCUUUGCCACUAAGCCAAAUUACCCCAUUCUAAGAGUUGCAAAAUCCAUAAAGUCAAGCUCUAUUUUCUGGAUCUGUUCUUCUGUCACUCUGUCUAUCCCUAGACCGAUUGACCACACACUCCUGCCAUCUUAUUUGUGGGCUGCCAAGGAGAAAACUAGACUGAUAGAGUUGACUCUGCUACUGAAUUGGCCCUUUCUAUUUCACUGUAUUAAAAUGAAUAUUUCUGGUCAGAUCAAAAGAGAAGCAUAACAAGAAGACUGAUGAAUGGUUACAGUCUAAAUGGGAGGUAUAAUGCUUCUUUGAUGAGCCUUGAUAGACUGAAGUGUACUUUGAGGAGAGUACAUUACAGGGAAGAGAGAGAGAACAUCAUGACCAGUACCUGCAAUUCUCACUGACAAGACACAGGAACUUCAUGACCGCACAUUUUAACUUUUGCAUGGCAUUGCUAAUACGAAACAUGUGUAAAUGUGUUUGUGCAUUGGGUUGGGAGAGUAUCGGGGGGAUGGGAUAAGAAAAAAAAUGUGACAGCAUUUAACAAAUCAAACUUGGGAAAGGUUUCCCCCCCACUCCACCAUCAAAAAAAAAAAAAAAAAGAAAGAAAAAAAGCAGAUGGUGUUUUGAACACAAACUGUCAUAGCACAUGAAAGCAUAAGAGUUCUGGCCGUUGCCAAGAGUGAAAAAAAAAUGAGCUGAUUUUCUUUAAUUGCAAAAACUAACUCUCAGUUCUCCCAUGGUCUUUAAAAAAAAAAAAAGGGCACUGAGAAAUGUGAGUGCUCUGCGAGAAGGGAUUUGUGUAACAAGCAACUCCAACCACAGAAGUCACAUGGGACGCUUUCUGCUUUGCCACUUUUGAUUGCUUGUCAAGAAGGUUAUACUUUUAGUUCUCCCUGGCCAGCAAGGCUAAGCCAUGUGCGAGCUGGCCUGACCUUUGUGCACAAUGUCUUCCCAAAGGCUCAUCCAGCAGAACAACAAUUUGGUGGACUACUGCCCAGGCCCAGCUUAUAGCUUGUACUCUGCACCCACAGGUAGCCCACAAGUGGAUAAUAAAAGGAUCCAAAUGCUGGCAGAAACAGUGGCCACUUUGCCCCGGGGACGAAAGCAGCAUGCUUUGACCAGAUCAAGUUCUCUGGGUGACUUCUCCUGGCCACAGAGGAGGCUGGUUACUGUGGAAAAGCAGGCUAAUGGGACAUUUGGAUUUGAGAUUCAGACUUACCGACUGCCAAACCAAAACACCUACUUGGCUGAGAUGUAUACAUACAUCUAUAAAGUGCAAGAGGAAAGUCCAGCUUACCGCUCUGGACUACAGAUUGGUGACGUGCUUGCCAAUAUCAAUGGAGUUAACACAGAAGGUUUUACUCACAAGCAAGUGGUUGAAUUGAUAAAAUCUUCAGGAAACAAGUUAAGGCUAGAGACAGUUAAUGGAACGAUGAUUCUUAGAAGGGCAGAGCUUGAAGACAAGCUGCAGGUUCUGAAGCGAACCUUGCAGGGAAAAUGGGAGGAGUUCCAAGCUUUGCAGUUACAGGAACAGCGCCUGCUUCACGGGGAUGCUGUUGACAGCUCGGGGCUGGAAAGUUUGCUAUCCGAAGACUCUUUAGCUGAAAGUUCAACAGGACUGGCUGCUCCUUAUCUCAACCGCCACAAUCGCCUUUCCAGUGAAAGCAGCUGUAAGAGCUGGUUGAGCUCCAUGACUGUGGAUAGCGAGGAUGGCUAUCAGACUUGCAUGUCGGAGGAUUCCUGCCAGGAAGCCCUGAGCCGGCAGACGAGUAUGGAGGACGAGUGUUUUUUCCUCAAGGAUAGUGACACGACCCUGAGGAAAACGUCCAGCAGGAGAAACAGGAACAUCAGUAGUGCCAGCAGCGGUUCCAUGUCCCCCUUGUGGGAGAGCGGCAGCAGCAAUGUCGUCAGCCUGUUCGGGACUCUGCCACGAAAAAGCAGAAGGGGAAGUGUUCGGAAACAGCUUUUGAAAUUCAUCCCUGGUCUUCACCGAGCCGUGGAAGAGGAAGAGAGCCGCUUCUGAUGAGGGAGGAGCCCUUUGCAAAAGGGCUCGUCCCACUAGGAAUGGCUAUGACCAAAACGUGUCAGGUGAUCUGAACUUUGGCCUCACCCAGUUCAAGGAAAGCGAGGAGGUGGCUUGUGAAACUGACAUGGGAUCCCCAAGGCUGAAGUGGCCUUUAUUUAAAUGAUUUAUCUGCAUUUUGUUGCUGUUGUUUUUAAAAAUCAUCCUUGAACCUUCUAAAUCCCUGCUCUGCUCCGUGUUGCCUGGGUGACUUUGGACAAAUCACUUACCCUUUCUGGACAUUUUACAGAUGGGCAUCUGUAAAAUAAGGGGUUCUCUGGAUGGCUUUGAUUAUACCACUUAAACAGAUCACUGGGGAGAGACUUGGUUGAUUAAAGCAUGAGAAGGUGUCUGCCAAAUCUGGUGUUGCCUAUAUAAGGAAAGGAAUAUUUAUUAUCUAGAUUGUCCAUGUGAAAAAUAAGCUUGAGACUUUUCGACUCCGAUUAGAAAGAAAUGAAUGCCUGGAGCAAUAUUGACUGCUGGAAAUAUCUUUUUUUUUUCACAGGUUGCUUAAUGGGUUUACCUCAUCUUGGUCUUUGCCUAAGACCAAACUGCCAUCUGGAAAUGCUUUAGAAUCAAGGAAUUAAAAAUAUAUUUAAAUGUAUAAAUUAUAGCAGGCACUGGAGACUAGAAGUUUUCUAUGCCAUUGAGGGACAAAUAUAGAAGAGGUCAUUAAAAAUGUGUCAGGCAGAAUUUAGCUUGGGAAUCAGGUUUCUGACAGAGGGGGUUAGCAAGACUUUGAAAUGGGCUGCUGAAAGUGAUUAUCAAUUCUAUUUUCCAUAGAACCCUUAAAAACAUGAGAUUCUCAUCUCCCAAGGCUACUUCAUAUAUGUUCCUUCUUGAAAAUGGAAUGGGGAUUGGAUGCCUUCACAACAUAUUUAGGUUUUGUAAUGAUUUUGUCUUCAUUGGCCUAAGUCAUGAGAAAUUUGAUCCUAAGAUGAUUUAUAAUGGGGGUGGGGGGUGAGAUUUUACAUCUAGGCAUAUUCUCUUUAUGUUCUCCCAUUUUAUAGUUGUGUCAUUUUGAACAUUCUCCUGUGUUUACUCUUGGGAUGCAGUUGAUUAUCAUCUUCACCAUCCAGUAUAUCAUCUGAGCUACCAGUAAUAAUCCUUUAGUUUUUCAAAUAUUACAUAUUUCUUUGGGUAUACUGAGAAGAAAAAAAGGAGAUUUCUGAGACUGAAUGAAUCUACUACCACAUGUGAAUAUAUUUAAGGCAAUCCAAAAUUCUAUAAUGGAGAAAAUUUGAAACUUUCUAAUUUUCCUAAGGAGAAAAAAACUAGGUAAAGUAAAAAAAAAACAACCUGAUAAUAUUUAUAGUUAAAAUUCUUUUCCUACUGUGGUAAAGCUUUUCUAAAUUCAUAAUAGUAUAGAAUUUCGGUGAAAGAAAUGUGUAUGUAAAUCAACUUUCAAUAAAUACCUUUUGAGACUGAUUUGGUACUUCCAAGUUUUCAUAGGACAUCCCCCUCCACUAUUAUGAUUACUAUGAAAGGAAGGAUUUAAAUAUACAGGUUUGGCUACUGCAAGGAUGCAACAUUUUUAGUCAUUAUUCUCUAUUUGGGGACUAUAUAUAUAUGUGUAUACAUAUACAUAUAUACAUAUAUAUGUUGGGGACAAUAUGUUCUGAUAAUUUCUAUUAUCCCUGCUGUCCACAAGCAAGUUUUUUGACCUGUUCAUCUUGAGGGCAAUUGAUAGCCAUAUCUCUUAUCAGUAAAUUAUGCUCAAUAAACAAUAUUUUGAGGGAUGAUACCAAAAA